UAGCCACGCGAAAAGCAGCACCUAGGGUUUGCUUGUUUGCGCGUUGUGUGUCUGUAACAGAUGCCUACUACUGUUAAUAGGCAGCCUGGUAAAAUGAGUCUAUGGAAACGGUUGCUAGGUUUAGCUUACAGCCGCUUCUGGCAGCUGUCCGACGCUUAGGUAACAAUGGAGCCGCUGGACCAAUGCUGCGCCCCUUCCGGUUUCGUUGCUGGCAGCCCAGCCCAUCCGUCCCAGGGUCGGAAGUGAUUUUCCGUGUUCUUCCCUGCCCCAAGAUGGCAACAGCCGAAGACGACUUACUGCUGCCGCGGCUCCCCGAGCUGUUCGAAACCAGCAAGCAGCUUCUGGACGAAGUGGAAGUCGCGACUGAACCCACCGGCUCCCGGAUCAUCCAAGAUAAGGUGUUCAAGGGGCUGGACCUCCUGAAGAAGGCUGCCGAAAUGUUAUUGGAGCUCGACUUGUUCAGCCGAAAUGAAGAUUUGGAAGAGAUUGCUUCCACCGAUCUGAAGUACCUGAUGGUGCCAGCAUUUCAAGGAGCAUUCGCCAUGAAACAAGUCAACCCCAGCAAGCGUCUAGAUCAUUUGCAGUGGGCUCGAGAACACUUUUUAAACUACUUAACUCAGUGCCAAUACUAUCAUGUCGCAGAGUUUGAGCUGCCCAAAACCAAGACCAACUCUGCUGAAAAUAACACUGCUGGUUCCUCCGUGGCCUAUCCUAGCCUCGUUUCUAUGGCAUCUCAGAGACAGGCUAAAAUACAGAGAUACAAGCAGAAGAAGGAGGUGGAGCAUAGGUUGUCUGCACUGAAAUAUGCUGUGGAAAGUGGUCAAGUAGAUGAUGAGCGUGUUCGUGAAUAUUACCUCCUUCACCUUCGAAGGUGGAUUGGUAUCAGCUUAGAAGAGAUUGAGAGCAUUGACCAGGAGAUAAAGAUCUUGAGAGGAAAAGACUCUUCAAAAGAGGCAUCAACUUCUCACUCAUCUCGUCGGGACAGGCCUCCAAUGAAACCGUUUGUUCUCACUCGGAACAUGGCCCAAGCCAAAGUAUUUGGAGCUGGUUAUCCAAGUCUGGCAUCUAUGACAGUGAAUGACUGGUAUGAACAGCAUCGGAAAUUUGGAGCAUUACCUGAUCAGGGUAUAGCCAGGAAAACAUCAGAGUUCAGAACAGCAGCUCAGCAACAAGAUCAGGAACAGGAGGAAGAGGAUGAUGAACAGGCAGUCCACAGAGCUCGGGAGUGGGAUGACUGGAAGGACACCCAUCCUAGGGGUUAUGGCAACCGACAGAACAUGGGUUAGUCUCCCCACAACAAGACGGGACUACAGGGGCUUCUGUCUUCCCCACCAAGGAAAGCUGUGCAGUCUUCUCAUUAAAAUAUCAAACAAUUAA